GCACCACCGCUGUUCACGCUCACCUCACCUUGCGGAGAUGCUCGACGACUUUGUUGAGCAUGCGGGACUGCCUGGUCUUCCACACACCUCUCUGCCACAGGUCCAAUAUGAGGGAUUUGAGCCAAUGUCCUACGAAGAUGAGGCAGUUGUAGACGGUCUUGCAACAUCUGAUCAGGUUGACGCCGCAGUACCCGCAGCGCCGCUCUUCGAGCUCGGCCGUGUACAGUACACCCUGCCGGCACCAUUAUUGGCCCUUGCAGUCUCGUCGGACGUACUGACGAUGGGACUCUCCAAUAAUACCAUCGUCCAAAUCGAACUCUCGCGCUCCGAGCAGGUUGUCAAGAUCCAAAUUCCUCGCAAGCUAAAUGAAUUCUCCAUUCACAGGCUCUUCCUGGACCCUUCUGGGAGGCACCUCGUCAUUGCCUCUCUGCAGGGAGAGAACUGGUAUCUCUACCGGGGGUGGAAGAAGCCACGGCAGCUCAAGACGUGGAAGAUGGUUGUCGAGAGCAUUGCUUGGAACAAGCCUGCCCUGCUUGCCUCUUCCCAUUCUACCUCCACGCGCGAGAUGCUUGUUGGAACGAAGAGCGGCGCGAUCUUUGAGGCCGUGCUUGACGCCGAGGAGGACUUCUUCAAGUCGCAAGAGAGGUACCUACAACCAGUUUACAGCCUUCCGGAGCGCCAGCCUGUCACUGGCCUCAAGUUCGACUUGUUUCCGCCCGCAGAUCCUCGGAAGGCCCACGUUGUCAUCACUACGCCGACAAGAAUAUACCAGUUCGUCGGUAUACCUGACAGACGGGGCGAUGAUGGAGGUCGGGUGUUCCUUGGGUUGUUCGCGAGCUACAGGGAUUCAGCACCGACAAUCUCCGAACUUCCUGGCAAUGUCGACUACUCCGAGCUGCAUACGUGUGGCCCCAACGCGGAUCAAGCCAACUCUUUGCCUAGGUACCUCGGAUGGAUGACUCAACCUGGUAUAUACCAUGGGGCGCUGAAUUACGAAUCCACCUCCGACGACUUGAUCGACGGCGCUCAGUUGCUCCCGUACCCGAGUACCAUGGCGUCGGCAAUGCCACUGUCUGUUGCAUUGACCGAGUUCCACUUCAUGCUCCUCUACAGGGACAAGGUCAUUGGUAUCUCGAACUUGAAUGAGCAAUUGACUUACGAAGAAAUGCUGCCUUUGAAACCUAGCGAGGAGAUCCGCGGUAUGACUGCAGAUCCCGUGCGAAAGACGUACUGGGUAUACACGGACCAAUCCCUGUUCGAGCUCGUAGUCGCAAAUGAGCAUCGGGACGUCUGGAAGAUCUACCUGGAGAAGGGCAAGUAUGACUUGGCACUCCAGUAUACCACGACAGCAGCCCAACGGGACCACGUCAUGUCGGCCCAGGCGAAAGCCUUCUUUGACGAGGCUCGGUACUUCCAAUCAGCACAGUGCUACUCUCAAUGCUCAGUUAGCUUUGAGGAAGUGAUCCUCAAAUUCCUCGAUGUUGGUGAGAAGGAUGCGCUUCGUUCGUAUAUCACGUCCCGCUUGGAAAGGACCAGGAAAACGGAUCUGUCUCAAAGGAUGAUGCUUGCGACGUGGCUCGUAGAGUUCUACCUCAGCAAAUGCAAUGAGCUCGACGACCUCAUAGCGUCAGAGUCUGCGUCUCAUGACGUUGACAAUCUGCGGGCCGAACGUAUUAUAUUGGAGGAGGACCUACGACAGUUCUUCCAGACGUACAAGGCGCAUCUGGACCCCAGGACGGUGUAUGAACUUAUCCAAGGGCAUGGGCGGACCGAUAUGUAUCUUCACUACGCAACGAUCGUGGGUGACCACGAAAGGGUAGUUGAACAUUGGGUAUUCGAAGAAGAUUGGACGAAAGCUAUCGAUGUCAUUGCGCGACAGUCAAAUCUGGACUUGUACUAUCGUUUCGGCCCUGUCCUUAUUCGCCACGCACCAAAAGAGACUGUUGAUUCUUGGUUGCGCCAACCAUCCCUCGACCCUAUCCGACUCAUUCCCGCCCUCCUCCAGUUGCAACAUGCACCCCGCGAUCCGCUUUCACCCAACCAGGCAAUUCGAUACCUCAAUCAUGUCAUCUUCGAACGAAGCAACACCGCACCGACCAUCCACAAUCUCGUCAUCACCUUCUACGCCUCCCCUUCCACUCAGUCAUCGUCGAGCUCUUCCUCUGGCGCAACCCACCCUGACGACGAUGCGCCCCUACUACGUUUCCUGUCAUCAGCACCAUCAGAUCCUCUUACGGGCAAGCCGUACUAUGACCUUGACUAUGCACUGCGGUUGUGCAAACAGUCAGGCCGGACGCAGCCAUGCGUGCAUAUCUAUUCAAAGAUGGGUCUAUACGAAAGCAGCGUCGACCUUGCGCUCGAGAAGGGCGAUCUGGAGCUGGCGAAGAUCAACGCCGACAUGCCCGAAGAUGACGACCAGUUACGGAAGAAGCUCUGGUUGAAGAUCGCGAAGUACGUGGUACAGGACAAGCAAGACAUCAAGAUGGCUAUGCGUUUCCUGGAGAACACCGAGUUACUCAAGAUUGAGGACAUACUGCCGUUCUUCCCUGACUUCGUUGUUAUCGACGACUUCAAGGACGAGAUAUGUACCGCGCUCGAAGACUACUCUGCACACAUCGACACGUUGAAGGCGGAAAUGGACGAAGCAACUCGCAACGCCGAGGCUAUCAAACAGGAUAUCAGUGCCCUGCAGAAACGCUUCAUCACCGUCGAUUCAACGGAGAAGUGCUCGGUAUGCCACCAGGCGCUCUUUACCAGACAGUUCUAUGUCUUCCCGUGCCAACAUACCUUCCAUGCCGACUGUCUCAUCGGUCUUACGAAGGAGUACCUGCCCGCGCACGCACUCCGGCGCAUCGUCAACGUGCAAUCGGAACUGAUGAAAUUGACGCAGAAAGGUGCAUUAGAUCGCACUGGCAGUGUGAACCCCUCAACACCGCUCCCUCGACAACCCACGUCGCAACGAACACUUCUGUCCGCCAACUUCGGCGUUGCACAGAAUGGCACUCGCGGUGCUGCCUCGCUCGGGCGCAAUCUCCUGUCCGCCGGCGAUCGUCUACGGGACCUCAUCAUCCCAGACGCGCUCGCCAGCGUCGUCACUGCACCUGCUGGCUGGAUACCCGGCAUAGGCACCGGUGCCACGAAGCGCGUUGGUGGCGAGAAGGACGCGGUCAAAAUAGAACGGAUGCGCAAAGAGCUGGAAGACGUGCUUGCUGCCAGCUGUCCAUUGUGCGAGAGCGUGGUAGCCGGUUUGGACAAGCCGUUUGUGCAGCCAGGGGAGGUGGAUUCCAGUUGGACAUUAUGAGGUGGUUGCUGGCCAGCACUUUGCCGAGACAUCUCUAUCCCUGAACGUGUCUAGCCUGCUUACCGUGUUUAACCUAUCGAAGGCGGUCGACGAGCAUGGCAGGGAGGUCGACCCAGACGCGAGGUGGACUUCAGGUAUCCUCGUUCGCCGGAGCUCCUGGAGUCGUUGGCGGCGGAGCGUACUGCUACGGCCUAGUACUACUAGCGGCAGAAUUUGGCAACAGGGCUGCCACUCAAUACAAGUUGUUGGACGUACGUGUGUACUUCAUGCAACUAAAUUAUGCUGUACUCGUCGAACCGGCUGUAUUGACUAUCUGGAGUAAGCUUGACAUGCAGUCGAAG